AUGCAAAGGGGGCACAAUAAAUUAUGUUGUAAGAAUGCCUCAAUCAACCCUACACCAAAGCCUAAGAAGAAAAUUGGAAGGCCAAGGUUGAAUCUAGAAUUGACCAAUUGCACAAGAGGUGGGAGAGGAUCAAAAAGGGGUAGUAGAGGUAGUGGAAGAAGGUCUACUAGUGUUUAUGAAAAAUGUGAAAGUUUUGGGAUAUCCAAAAAAAAAGAACAUGGGAUUGAGCGUCAAUUUAUCACCCAAACAACACCUGAUGUUGAGAGUGAAUUUGUCCCACAAAAAAAUAUUAAGAUUGAUGUUGAAGAAACACAAGAGGAAAAUGAUGAAGAUGGAGUUAAGGAUGAUGAACAACACCUAUUAUUGAUAGUGAAUAUAUUCCAAAAAAAUAUUGAGGUUGAUGUUGAAGGGGAUGGUCUUGAUAUGACUGAUAUGGAUCAAAUACUGCAUGAGUUGAGUUACCUUAGAGAGUCAAAAGAUAAUGAAGCAGAGAUCCUUUUAUGUAUUAACAUCACCCAAUCACAACUUAAAGAAUUUGAUGCUUUGCUUCACCAAUCCAAAAAAGUUACAAAGGAGGACAAUGAUGAAAACAAGGAGGAGAGUAACUAUGAAGAUGGAGUUAAAGAAACACAGGAGGACAAUGACGAAGAUGGAGCUGAGGAUGAUGAAGAAGGAGUUGACGAUACUCAAGUUAGGGUUAGAUCAAGAAAACCUUCUGAAAGGAUCAUUGAAAACAUGUUGAAGAAAAUUAUGGUGGACAAGAAGGGAAUAGGAAUGGCUCUAGAAAAACCUCUUACUUUGGAUUAG